AUGAUACCAUAUUAUGAACGUCAUGGGGGUAAACAGCAUAUGCACAACAAGCCCAUUCGCUUUGGUUACAAGGCAUGGUGUCUUUGUACCCGGUUGGGAUAUGUUGUUCAGUCCCAACUGUAUCAAGGAUGUAAAACCGGCAUAAAUGACAUAAAUUUAGGAUUAGGUGGGUCUGUUGUAUUGGACCUCAUUGACAAACUACCUGAAAAAGAAGGUUGUAGUUUGUAUUUUGAUAACUUUUUCACAAGCAUCACAUUGCUUGAAACACUAAAGGAAAUGGGAUUACAUGGUACAGGAACAAUGAGAGCUAAUCGUGUUGAAAAAGCUCCUCUAACUGAUGUAAAAGCAAUGACCAAAAAGGAAAGGGGAACAUGUGAGUCAAUAACUGAUUCAAAUGUUGUGACUAUGGGUUCAACAAAGGGGGGAAUUUCACCUAUGUCCAAAGUAAAGCGCUACAGUCAAGCACUGAAGAAGCAUGUGCUUGUUAAUCAACCUGCAUCAAUAGUUCUGUACAAUACCUACAUGGGUGGAGUUGACAGGAUGGACGAAAAUGUGGCAAAAAUGAGAGUCAACAUACGGGGUAAGAAAUGGUAUUGGCAGCUACUAUCUUUUCUUUUGAAUGUCUCCAUGAACAAUGCUUGGCAGCUCUAUCGUUGGAAUGUGAAGACUAAACCUCAGCAGCUUGAUCUUCUAAAUUUCACUCGUACAAUAUGCCUGAGUUACUUACAAAAGUAUGCACAACGCCCAAGUAUUGGAAGACCGCGACGCCUGGUAGCAGCUGUUGAGAAGAGAGUGACAGAGCACGUUCGCUUUGAUGAAGUGAACCAUAUUAUAACAAAAAAUGAAAAGCAAACAAGAUGUGCACUAUGCAAAAAAAUUCAAGAAUGAAAUGUAAGAAAUGUAACAUUGCUUUACAUACUCAUUGUUUUGAAGCUUUCCAUAAGAAAGUCUAGAUAAUACCCUUGAUAUUUCAGACAUUUAUUCUUACUAUUUUGACUAGUUCAAUAUUUUUAGCAUUGGAAAUAACCAUUUAUAGUAGACUAUUGUAGUAUAACUUAAUUCUCUUUUUUCUCAUUAUCGACAUGGAAUAUUGUUCAAGAUAAUAAAAAUAUACAAAUAAA